AUGGCUUCUGAGUCUGCAAUCAACCCUCGAGUUCCAUCACUGGAUGGCAAAUUGAUUCUCUUCGGGAACGUGAACAUCGUUCCGGACCACUAUGACGACUGGCAAGCAGCAUACGAUGAUCUGGCGACUUACGUUUUCGCCAAAGAGCCCAAUACUACCACGUAUUACUUUGGGCUCCCCCUCGAGUACGCUGACAACCCAUCACGGACACCUUACCUCUUCGCCUUCGAGAUAUACUCCUCACGUGAGGACCUUUACGAUGUGCACCUGAAGUCCGAAACGAUGACAACAUCAUUCCUCCCAGCCGCGCUCCCUGUCAUGGCGACGGGCCUAGACCUCGUGCACUACGACGUCGCGGGCGGCUUCCUCGACCGCAGCGACCGAAAGGCGGAGUGCGGCAUCAUGGAAGACACCCAGAUACGAUGCACAGACUCUGCAGCGCGUGCAGAAGUCCUCGGAGCUUUGAAGAUGCUGUGUCGCGCAGCGAAGGAUGAUGACGACGUGUUCACGUUCUUGGCGCUGCGGGGGCAGGACGACGAGAUCAGUGCGAGAAUCUUUGCGCGGUUUCGUGACCGAGAUUCGAUGGAGCGAUGGGCAAGGACUGAGGUUGUAAAGGGGUUUUGGGAGAUCGUGAAGAACAAUGUGAAAGAUAUGGGUUCCCGUGCGUAUGUGCCCAAUGGGAAGGGCUGGCUUUGGAAAUAG